GAGAAAGAGUCUUUUGUGCAGCCCCCUUUAAAGGGUGACUCGUCCCACUUGGGUUCUGUCUCCUGGUGCAGGGUUGCAGGCAAGUUGAUUAGAGCAUCGCCAUGAAGUUCAUCCCCUGCCUCCUGCUGGUGACCUUGUCCUGCCUGGGGAUUUUGGGUCAGACCCCGAGGCAAAAGCAAGGAAGCACUGGGGAGGAAUUCCAUUUCCAGACUGGAGGGAGAGAUUCCUGCACUAUGCGCCCCAGCAGCUUGGGGCCAGAUGCUGGAGAAGUCUGGCUUCGCGUCGACUGCCACAACACAGAGCAGACAUACUGGUGUGAGUACAGGGGGCAGCCCAGUAUGUGCCAGGCUUUCGUUGCUGACCCCAAACCUUACUGGAACCAAGCCCUGCAGGAGCUGAGGCGCCUUCACCAUGCAUGCCAGGGGGCCCCGGUGCUGAGGCCAUCCGUGUGCAGGAAGGCUGGGCCCCAGGCCCACAUGCAGCAGGUGACUUCCAGCCUCAACGGCAGCCCAGUGCCCAACCAGCAGCCUGAGGCUGGGACGCCAUCUCUGAGGCCCAAGGCCACAGUGAAACUCACAGAAGCAACACAGCUGGGAAAGGACUCGAUGGAAGAGCUGGGAAAAGCCAAACCCACCACCCUACCCACAGCCAAAGCUACCGAGCCUGGACCCAGGCCUGGAGGGAAUGAGGAAGCAAAGAAGAAGGCCUGGGAACACUGUUGGAAACCCUUCCAGGCCCUGUGUGCCUUUCUCAUCAGCUUCUUCCAAGGGUGACAAGUG